AUUUACUUCUCAUCAACCAUCCUCCUAUCGACAUCCACCCUUAUCCCAUCGCGUCGUGCCAGCUGUUGCCACCGUAUCAUCGUGGCUGGUGUUUUGACCGCUCCUUCUCUCUCCCCAAAACCGACCUCCUUUUAACCACCGCACCUGAUUGAGUUUCAGGCCGAACGCUCCUCUUUUGAACAUCAUUGCCCGGAGCAAUACUAGCAUGCCGUCGAUCGAAGUGCCUGCCAUGUCCAUCGAGUCCCAGGCUCUCUCAGACAACUUGCCGCCAUCCCUGCUCGAUGUCCUGUCCAACUCCAUCGUCCUUGACAACACCUUGCCAUAUCUGCCUCUCUCCACCAUCUUCGCCUUAGCCAGAACAUGCCGGUCUCUGCGGGAUCUAUUCCUCCGCACAGCAAGCGUCUUCCGAUAUGUUGACCUUUCAAAGUGUCGAGGAGCAUAUGUUCCUCCCAAUCUCCUGACGAGAAUUGAUUCCGGCGGCCAUUCCUGGCGCGCGGAACGAAUGGACGAGAACCUGACUGAGGAUGAAUUUUAUGCCGGUCCACUCCGCUUCGUCCUAGCGAGACUGGGGAAGAUGAAGGUCCUUCAGAAUGUUCAGACUUUGGUCCUCGAUGAUCUGGCGUCGGUCACCGUUGAUCUGAUCAAUGAUAUCGUCACCAGAAAUGAAUACAAUGUUCGUCUCCUCAGCAUACGGCGAUGUCUCAACAUCAAUCAAUACAAGCUACAACAGCUUCUCUGCCACCUAUGCCGACCAAGUAGACCUGAAGGGACUCCUCGACUACAGGGGCUGUACAUCUUCACUCCUCCACCGUCAGUCAGCCAGGUACAUGACGUCGACUUCAGUCAUGCCUUUCAUUACAAUUUCGACACCAUGGGCGGGGUGGAAUUCGAGAGCUCUCGGUUCCAAGGCCAAUCGAGUACGAAUGAGGCAGCCAGGCCACGCUCCUCGGGACGAUGGUAUGCGAAUUCAGGCUUCGUCAUAGCUCAAGGUCGUGCCGCGCGAACCUCCUGGGAGGAGACAUUGCAAACAUGCCAAGGCGUAAUCAGUUUCGAUGCUGUUUUAUGUACCCACAUGCACGCUGACAUGGCCCCUGUUCUUCAUCCAGCGUCUAGAGAUUACCUUACGGAAAACAAGCCCGGUAUCCCUCCGCUGGCGAGUGUGGCUCUCGGGCCAGCAGGAUGUUCAAGCUGUGGUCGAAGUCCCCACGGUGCGCCUGUCUGGGGCGAGAGCGAUCUCCGCGAGUUUCCACUACUGUGGCCUCCACCGCACUCUGGAAAGCUGGUUGAUGCUGUCCGACCUCCACUACGCUUCGCCGAGGAUGGCCGGGUUCUUCCCCAGCGACUCAUCGUUUCUUGCACCUGGUGCCUCGCGAAUCGACACUGCGACAGUUGUCAUCAGUGGUGGUGUGCGGACUGCUACAACCCCGAACGGAUGAAAAGAUCCGAAUAUCUAGCAAAAUUGGAGCGUGCAGCAGGCAUCAGACGGACCUCGGAAGCCGAUCGAGGGGCAGAUCAGACUGCGAAUGGGGCAUCCUCUACUAGUGAUCCUCUCAAGGUAUUUAACGGUCUUUGUGUUAAAAAUUGCCGCGCUCGCAGACGGAUGGUCGCGCCUAGAGGUGGCGUUGCUGCGGGAUAACCAAGGAACGCAUCAAGGACGAGAAGACCACCAAUUGGACCCCAUCGACUGGAGGGUUUUCCGGAACCAAGAUUGGGUCAUUGUUUCAUCCCCAAGCCGCCAUCGAGGCGAGUAUGCCGCCAACCGGACGCUCCCACCGCCUGCAGCCCGCAAAUACCUAAACUACCCAUCGACCCUCCCUCUCUGUCGUCGUCCUUCCAUCGUUAACUGACAUGCGUUUGCUAAUGGUCUCAUCGUGUCCUCUCCCUCUACAGCGUCAUCAACGGCACGAACAUCCCGUGCAACUCAGACCCGGCCAAGCAGCAGUGACGCGAGACUGCUGGGACUGUGGGCGCCAGUGUGAAAACUGUACGCGGCGGUGGGCGAGAACGUGCAAGCGCUGUAAAGCCAGCUAUUGCUAUAUUCACAGGACGGGCUGCGACGAAAGUAUUUGCGAUUGGUGCAUGCACAGGGGAGGCAGGAGGACGGGGGAGCUCUACUAAUGUUCAGCGCUAUCGACAUCGAGACUGACACGACUUUUACAGCUGAUAGCCUCGUGGAAAGUACAGCAGAUCCGUCAUAAACCCCCACAUCGUUCACGAGAGCAGCUAUCAAACCACCCCGCGCAGAAAAAAAGAUCCGGCAAUAUUUUCAUAAUCACCACUCAAAUUCAAUUAUCAAUCCCUCCAGGACCUCACUCAUUUCUGCUCAAAUAAGCGUCGACGACGUGGUUACCUCUCCGGUCAGGGCUGUGGUUUUGGCACAAAUCCUCAAACGUCACGAUCUUCUUUAUGGUUACGAUCCCUCGUUUGACUGGCUUCGACGACGACACCGGUUGGCCUUUUUUUUCCGCAGCGGGAUGGCGACAUGGCACAAACAUCCGAGAAAUCUGCACCCACGACGAAGGCAGGGGCGAAGUUGUCAAGUUUUGCUUGGGGGUUGAAAUAUCGGAAUGGAGGUCUCGGUGGUGGUGAUGGUGGUGGUGGUAGUAGGGGAAUGCAAUCUCAACUCAAAUCCAGUACAGUACAGGGCUAGCGAAAAGGCGGGGCUUGGAGGUCAUCGGAGCAACUUUGCAUAGUGUCAUCGGAGCGAGCAUGACGAUCAGAGGAGGGAAGGUCUCUGGAGGCGGUGCUCUUCUAACGCCUUGCUGGCUUGUUUAGCGGCCUGGCUCAUAUUGAAUGAUGUCCAGAAUUUGUGCUCUCAACACCACCCCCAGCCAGCUGAGCUGGCGCCGUCGUUUCUCUUCCUCUCUACUAAAAUGAUCGUCUUCCAGGGAAAAAAUCAUAAAUCUGCAUGGUAAAAGGAAAAGGGAACGGUUGUCCUGAUUUGAUCGACGAAUGACCAACAAAUUGGGCCAGUUGCCAUUAAAUAAG